AUGUUCCGCCGUUUGGCUACUGUCGCUCCCCGCUCAGUCGGUGCUGUCGCGUCGCCUCGCAUUGCGCCGGCCAUUUCUGGAAUCCAGUCUCAACCCAUCAAUAGGGCGUCUCCUACACCUCAGAGGAGAAAUUAUCACGAGAAAGAUAAGUACAUCGAUCAGUCUGGGAUGACCAGUCAAAUGCUGACCUUCUUUGCACUGCUAGAUCAUUACAACAACCCACGCAACGAAGACUGCUAUGACCAGUCAACAUCCAUCUGUCUCCUAUGCGCUCGAGGAGAAUCUCGAGUCUCAGCAUUCUUCAAGCUCUUGACCAACCAUGUACAUGCUUCAGAAACUGACAUAUCGAUAGUUGGCUCACUACCCAAGGAUGCUCCUGAUGUCGGUCUCGGACUUGUUGGUGCACCUGCUUGCGGUGACGUUAUGAAGCUCCAGAUCCGAGUCGAUAAGGACACCAGCAAGAUCACCGACGUCAAGUUCAAGACUUUUGGCUGUGGUAGCGCGAUUGCCAGCUCCAGCUACCUGACCGAGUUGGUGCGAGGAAUGACGCUUGACGAGGCCGCUAAGAUCCGGAAUACCGACAUUGCCAAGGAACUUUGCUUGCCCCCUGUGAAGUUACAUUGCUCCAUGCUUGCCGAGGACGCUAUUAAGUCUGCCAUCAACGACUACUACACCAAGAACCCCAAGGCUGCUAAGACUGAUCUUUCUGGCACUGCGGCUUCCAUUUCCAACGUGGAAAAGACCGACGGUAGCACCGCAAGCCUGUGA